GAAGUUAGGAAAAAGGGUGCGGUUUCCAUGGAAACAUUCACCAACGAACCUUUGUUUAGCCCAUUUUAGCCAACCUUAUGAAGCAUGGCUCAACGCACCGAAUACCACAAAUGCGAUUUGACACGACUGCUGGCAGAACUGAAAGAAGAGAACGAAAUGACAAGCUCCAUUGAACAGUCUGUGUUUGAUCUACAAAGCACGAUGUGUGAACUUCAAAAGAGGCUGCAGAGCGUCGAUGGGGAAGGAAAUGAAUGGAAGACCAGAUAUGAGACCCAGCUGGAGUUAAAUGGACAGCUGGAAAGACAAAUUAUAGUGGCGCGUGAGAAGCUGGAAAGCAUGCGAGGAAACCCCGUAGAUCGACUGGCCUCUGUCCGCUCGUAUGAUGACAUGUCAGUAGUGAGUGGACCAAUAUUGAUUUAUCUGGAGGAAAUGCUUAGACAGCGGCUAAAGUUCCUGAGCGAGGAGAAGUCAGAGCUCCAGCGUCAGCUGACGGCCUGUCAUCUUCAAAUCCAGCAGGAAGGAAAGGCAUUCCACAAAACCAAUGAUGAGAGGAGGGCGUAUCUUUCUGAAAUUGCCAACCUUUCUGCUGCGUACGAGGCCCAAAGGAGGCAACGCUCCACUCAGCAGCGCAAGCCGCCGAGGAGCAAACAGACGAGAGGGAGGCAUAGCAGCAGGAAAGCAGAGGCCGAUUCUAAAAAAGGAACAGAGGGAGAAGAAGAAGGAGGACGAGGACGGCAUCUGAAAGGAGGAGGUGUCGGUGAUUCAGCUGCACAGAGAUGCCAGGAGACGAGACUUCUUAAAGAAAACUGGCUACACUCUUUAAACCACUGAGUUAACUUCAA